GAUUCACUGACUGGGGGGAAUCGACACACGGAAAAGGACACAUGGAUUAACAUUUACCUUACAUUCUAUCCUAAAAAGCCAAAUGGCCAUAUUUAUUAGGACUGUUCACACCACAGCAAAAUCACAAGUUUGCCUGUGGAUAUGGCUUGGCCUUUUUCUGAUCAUGUUUCCUAACAAAAGCAGAGGGUUGUCAGACUUGAAGACCUGUGGGGACUCUGAGUGUGAAACAUUGAUGAGUCGUGUACUGGCAACAAAAAACUUUAAAGCUCCAGACUGCCGGUUUCUCAGCUUCAGAAAAGGAGACGUGAUCUUUGUUUACCAUAAACUUGCUGGAAAGAGGGAUGACCUCUGGGCUGGAAGUAGAGACAAGGAGUUUGGAUAUUUUCCAAAAGAUGCCAUCAAAGUUGAUGAGAUUCAUGUGUCCAAAGAAAAAGAAAUGACACUCCCCACAGAGAAGUUUGAUUUCUUCUGUAUUGAUGAACAUGGUGAAGUCAUGGAAAUUGAUGACCCAGAGGAAUACAAAGAACAGCACCCUGAAAACGAAGAAAUUAUUUCCAACAAAGAAGAACUGCAUGACACUUCAGAAACCGCAGAUAUAUUUCAACCAUCUGCUUCAAACAACAAGGACACAGACCAGACUGAGGAUCUUUCUAAUGAAGUGGCACAAGAGGCUUCAGCACAAGGUGGGUCUUCCUGGAUUGGUUCUGCUGUAACUGGAUGGUUCGGUACACCUGACAAAAACAAUGCCGACAGUGAUAACCUUGAUGACAACACACCGGGAAAUUAUGAGAAACAAGACACAUUCAGGAAACGUAAGCUUGCAUUGGAUGACGAACAACUGGAGGAGAAAUCUACCAUGUUUGGCUGGAUUAGGGGUGAUCUAACGAAUGUCCUUGGCUAUGGUGAAAAGCAGGCUGAAAAAGAUGCAGAUAACACCCAGAGAGCAGAUGGAGGGGUACAGCCUGGGGAGGAAAGGCCGGCAGAGGAGCAGGACGCACAGUCUGGACAAUAUAGCUCCUGGCUAAAUAUUGGAAUUGGGGAUGUCCUGAAAUUUGGUGGUGGUGGUGAAACAGCAGACACAGACAAAACCAUGGAAUUAUCUCAGGGGCAGGGCUCAGGCAUCUUAUCAGAGGGAGAACCGACCGAAUCCAAGCGCACUACAGACCCAGUGGAGAAAAUAAAGGAAACAGAGACAACAGACACUGCCACUGAUAGUGUAAUUACAGCAGGAGAUGAAGGUUCACUGGAAAGCCAUAAAGCAUCCCUUAAAGAUAUGCAAAAAGAGUAUAUAAACGAAGAGGCUGAUGAGAAAGCUGAGGCUGAUGGCUGGUAUGAUGCCAUGUAUAAUAUCACUGCAGGAUAUUACACAAAUAGCACAGAAGAGGAGCACUCUGAAAAUGGUGUGCCUCUUUCAAAGAUUGAGGACUCGGAAAACAUGCCUGUUCCAGAGACAACGCGUGACACAGAUAUGGCUGAGAUUCUAUACCCAAGUGAUGGCCUGCCAUCAGCAUUAGGAAAUGCAAGCGCUCAGACAAAGGCUGACAUGGUUCAUGACAAUGAUGAGAUCCAAAUUAAACAAGAAUCUGAGGAGAACUUAGUAAAAGAUGAUUUUUCUGCUGAAGGAGAGAAAAUGUCUUUGGAUAACGAUAGGCACAGGAAACACUUAAUUGAAGAUGUCGGUGACAUUGACGAUCAGAAGACUCCAUCUGAAGAAAGGGAUGAGUCAUUUUGUCCAGUAGAAUCACAAACCAAAUAUGGCAAAGACAUGGAAAAUAUGGAGACCACCACAAUAAGUCAAACUGAAUCUGAAGAGAAAGUAGACCUUAGUGUGCAAUAUGAAAAAAACGAUGAAACAUCUGAAGUUUCGCUAACUCAAAAAGAAACCCACCAGUCAGGAGACAGAUCAAACCAUGAUACAGCAGAUUCAACCAGACACACGGAUGUUUCAGAUGAUUUAUUGCAUGAGUCUGAGAUGGCAGAAGGCACCUAUGAAAAGAUAUCACAUUCACUGCAAAGUGACCUUGUCUCUGCUGUUACAUAUACAAAAGAAGUGACACCAAAUCAGUCUGGAUCGACACAAUUUGAGGAAAUCACGGAGGCACUUUCAGGGUUAAGUGAGGCCUCUUUUGAAAGAGAUAAUAAUUCUGACCCUGAUGUGGCCACAUCGAAUCAGGCAAGUGUAGAACUGGGAAAGGCCUCACAGCCUGAAGAUAAACACCAUGUUAUUGACAAGGACACACAAGAAUGUAAUGAUGAAUCAAAUAUUGACAGUGACAAAACAGAACAAUCACAGGAUUAUGUUUUGCCUGAAGAGUCAACAGAAGUGCUAAAAAUGUCUCAGUCACAAGAAAGUGAAGAGACUCAAUCAUUGGAUCAAGAGAGAAAACAGGAGCUAAGGGAACCAAAAAAGACAACUGAGGAUCAACCCAAACAAAAUGACGAGAUCUUGGAGGCUGAGUCAGUGGAACUGACUGCUGAUGUGACAUCUAGUGAUCAUACUGAAGAAAAACAGGACAGUGAAGCACAAGAGAAACCAUUGGACCAAGAUGGAGAACAAGAGCUAAGGGAAACUGCAUCAUCUGAUUUCAAUACCAAGGUUACAGAUAGCAGUGAAGCAAAAAAGACAACUGAGGAUCAACCCAAACAAAAUGAAGAGAGCUUGGAGGCUGAGUCAGUGGAACUGACUGCUGAUGUGACAUCUAGUGAUCAUACUGAAGAGAAGCAGGACAAUGAAGCACAAGAGAAACCAUUGGACCAAGAUGGAGAACAAGAGCUAAGGGAAACUGCAUCAUCUGAUUUCAAUACCAAGGUUACAGAUAACAGUGAAGCAAAAAAGACAACUGAGGAUCAACCCAAACAAAAUGAAGAGAGCUUGGAGGCUGAGUCAGUGGAACUGACUGCUGAUGUGACACCCAGUGAAGAGACUGAAGAGAAACAGGUCAACGAAGAGAAAUUUAACAUAUUAGAUGACACUGAUUUAUCAAUGGUGGAUAUGACUAAUGAUGCACAGCAGGAGGUACUUAAUGAAUCUAUGACAGAACUGAAUACUGAAAGAACACAGGCAGAGUCAGAUACACUCUCAACACAAUUGUAUGAGGAUGGGACAAAUCAGAAUUCAUCUAGUGAGGAAAGGCUGGAAAGAGUUGACCCAAUUUCAUCAGAGAGCAUUAAUGAUGACCCUGUCUCAGUUAUUUUGAAUGAGACAGAGACAGAUGCAGACUUUUCACAGACAGUUGCUGAAAUGCUCAAGGAAGAUGAAACAGAAUCUGAGACAAUUGACGCUAGCGGUAAUUCUGACACACCUACACAAAAUCUUGAACAUCAGAGUGCACUGUACACGAAUGACGAAAAAGAGAAGUUUCACACUUCCGAGGAAAAUACCCUUUCUCCCAGAGAAAGAGUAAUUGAAGACACCUAUAUGGUGGCAGACUUAACUUCUGCAACUAGAACACCCUCACCAAACUCCAAAACUAUGACAGAGGAACAACAGACAGUGGAAAGUGAGUUUGAGGUAACUGCAUCCAGUCAGAUGGAAGUUCAAGAGAAACACGUAAAAGACGUAAAAGAAGUGGUUGACCCUGAAACCGCAACAGCAGUGAUGAAUGGACAUUUAGACUUAGUGGAGCUUGGCGAGGACCAUGACAAUGAUGCCCCCUCUCCCCAUGAACAAUCAACUGAACACAUCCCAACGGAUGAUCUUAUCAGGGAGGAUGAGAAGAACUCAGGGUGGUAUAAUAGUGUUUAUGAUAGGUUUACAGGAAUUUAUAGUGGGAGAACACAACCAGGUGAUGGUAGAAGGGAUGCUGUGAGUCCAUCUAACACAGCAGAGACUCCUACAACCGAGGGAAUCACUAAUGAAGAGGGCCCAGUGGGCACACAGGAAUCACAGUCUCUGUUUUCAGUUGGUGGCCUAUCAUCAGUAUUUGAAAGCUUCGCAUCAAAGCCUCAGACAGACACAGCUGGCGACCGGGAGAAUGACCAGCGUAAUGAAGAACAACCCCUUGAAGAAUCACACACAGAUUUGGAGUGCGUUCAAGGGACUUGCACCAGUGUGACUGAAAAUGAAAAGGCCACUUUCAAAGAUGGUGAAAUUGCUGGUGAAAUACAAGACCCCACCCCUUUCAAGGAUAAGGCAGACAAUGUACAAGAUGUCAGUUAUCACAUUCAUGCUGAAAGCGGUGACACUGCAGUAUCAGACCAUAACCCAACCAUGAAGGACCAUGGAUAUCAAAAUAGUGAAGGAACAAAGUCAGAGAGGCUCACAGAAGGUGCAUACAAGUCUGUUACCACUGCUGAGAUAACCAAAGGGUUCGCUGACGUUGUCAAAUGGUUUCUGGUUGUGUCAUCACUCCCUGAUGACCUUAAGCCUGGCCCUGACCUGUAUGGGAUGCCAUGGGAGGCAGUCAUCUUCACUGCUGUACUGGGUCUGUUCAUCUUACUGCUCUUCAGUUGCCGCUUCUACUUCUCUGUGAAAAGCAGACUCUAUGCACGAAGAGAGGGGAAACUGGCUCAGAAAGUAGCAGAGGCAAUAGAAGAAAAAUGUAAAGUUCUUCAACAAUUUAGCGAGGCUCAAAAAGAGUAUGACAAAAUGAAAGCUAUUGCAGAAAAUGGGGGACUAUUAGCUGACCUAGAAGAAAAGCAAAAACUUGAGAGCAUGACUCGACAAAUCCGAGAGUCAAAUGCUCAGUUGGAGAAGGACUUAGAAAGACUAACAGAGAAUUUGAACACCCAAAAAGCACAGCGUAUGAAGGAGGAGCAACAGCUAGCAGAUUUGCAGGAAACCAUAAAGACCUUGGAGGAUGAAGCCAAAGAUCUUAAAUCCCAGAUGGAACAGGCCACAACAACAUUAAAAAUUCACAACAUGAACUCAGAAAGACUCCAGAAAAAACUCCAGGCUUCCAGAGAGGAGAAUGUGAUGUUGACUGAGAGUACACAACAGCUGUCCCAGGAGGCCGAGGGUUGGAGUGAGCGUCUGGCUGAGCUGGAGGACGAGAUGAAGAUGUGUGAGAGCAACCAUCGCCGUAUGCAGGAGGACUGUGCCAACAAAGACGAGCGGAUCAAGUCCCUCACAGAGUGUUUGCUGCAGAUGAAGGACUGGGACUCAGAGGUGGAGGAUGAGGCUAAUGGUGAGGGCAGCUCCAUGGAAACGGAGAACGGCGAUGAGACAGAUCAUCAUCAGAAGCAGAAAAUACAGAAGCUCAUCUACGCUGCCAAGUUGAAUGCCAACCUGAGGUCCCUAGAGGAGGACAAGAAUAGAGUGGUUGCCAAGCUGUCUGAUGAAAUUAAGGCCAAGGAAGAUCUCCAAGAGGGCAUCGAGCAGCUGCAGCGGCAGAAGGACCAGCUGAAGGCAGAGAGCUCCACGUUCUCCAGCGAGUCCCAGAAGCUCCAGCAGAAGCUGGCCAUCAUGACGGAGAUGUACCACGAGAACGAGCUCAAGCUGCACAGGAUGCUGACGGUUGAGGAGAAAGAGCGUCUGCAGAAGGAGGAGAAGCUGACUAAAGCUGAUAUGAAAAUCACGCUUGCAGCUGAGGAGCUGAGCAACUACAAGGUUAGAGCUGAGGAGCUGGGAGAGGAACUGGACAAGACAAACCAGGCCUACCAAAACCAGAUUGCAUCACAUGAAAAGAAAGCUCAUGACAAUUGGCUGGCAGCUCGUGCUGCUGACCGAGACCUAGGGGACAUCAAGAGAGAAAACGCUCACCUCCGACAGAAGUUGACAGAUUAUCAGUUUAAGCUGGAGGUUUUGGAGAAGGACCCGUUUGCUCUUGAUGCUCCUGGUCGACCAUUAUUCAGAGGUGAGAGGUCACCCUUUGGCCCCUCUCCUCUGGGUCGCCCUGCCUCCGAGACGAGGGCCUUCCUGUCCCCUCCUACCCUGAUGGACGGGCCACCACGACUCUCGCCUCAGUUUCCCAUGGGCCCUGGCGGCAGAGUGUCCCGCGGCCUGGUGGAGCCCCCUGGUGCUGGGGGGGACUUUGAGCGCAGUGGCGGCCCCCACUCAGACAGCGGCUCGCUCUCUCCCACCUGGGAGCAGGAGCGCAGGGGCCCCCCGGGCCCUCUUCCUCCUCCAGGCCACCCAUAUCCGGAGCCUGGACCACCGUUCCGGAGACCCCCACCAGGGGCCUUCCCCAUGGGCCCCCUCCCUCCCCGACCCCCCUUCCCCCCCGAGGGAGUUCCCCCCCACAGCUUUGGGCCGGGCCCGUUCCACCCCUCCGACAGGCCCGACUCAUCAUUUGCGGGCAACAGCACAGGGAUCAGUGAAGCUGAAAGCAGAGAUGCCAGUUUAAUGUCUGCCCCUGGAGAUCUGCGAAUGCCACCUGAAGCUGAGAUGAGGAUGGGCCCCCCGGGAAUGGGACCGCCGGGAAUGGGACCGCCGGGAAUGGACCUCCACUUUCAGCGUAGGGGCCCCUAUGGACCCCCAGACUUCUUUCCCCCACGAGGACCUGGUGGAAUACCCUUGGGAAUGCGAGGCCCACCUCCUCCGGGCAUGUUCCCCAGAUAUCCUCCUAUGGGCUACCCUCCGAUGAGACCUCCACUGGACGGCUUCCCCCCCGGCCCCCCUGGCCCCCCACCGAGGCCCUCACCGCCUGGCAGCGAGCAGCCCGCUGAACAGACUCCACCUCCCCAUGAUGCCAUCUGAGCCCCCAAAGGCAUAUCACUACCCUCACCCCAUACCCUCAUCUCCAGCUCAGGCACCAGCCACUUCCCCCUCCUCUUCUCACUGCCAACUGCAAUAGGAGUUGGCCAUCAUGAAAGAGAAUGGACCUCUCUGUCUUAGUCAUUAUUCAGUGAAGUUGUUUAUCAACGGAAAAGGAGAAGAGCGAAAAGGAAGGUGUUUUAUUGAAUGAAAACUGGAGCCUCUUUCUGACCCCUCUCUUCCUGUGUGUCUCCUCUGCGCUCUUGUGUGCCACUUCCUGUUGUUUUCUCUGCUUAGGGCUUAGGGGGCUGCUUCCUGUUUAAGCUAGGGGUUGUCAUGUGAUCAUUUUUUUCUUUUCUUUUUCUUUCUCCCCCACCCAUCAGACAAAAAAAAAAAAAAAAAAACCCUCUAAGUUGUUGUCUGUCAGUGGAAAUGCCACAGAAAGGCCAACAAAUGGCUUGUGGCCCUUCAUGUUCCUCGUAUACUGUAGCUGCAAGUCUAAACAAACACACUUUAACUCCAUUUAGAAGUAAAUAUAGACUUUUUAUAACAUAGGGGUCCCGUGAAUGUGAGCUUUAAUAUGCUUUUAGUUGGAGAAUGAUGCCUUUGAGAGACUGCCUUUUUGUGAGGAAAUUGGAUGCUAGAUAACACAUUUUUAGGUGCCUGUGUUCUGUUUGAUAGUGUCAAAUGCUUUAUAACCGAACCAUCUAGAAGAGAGGAGGUUCACAUAUUUUUGACAUGUAUAUACAGAAAUUGUAAUGAUAAUGUGAAUAAGAGAUUGUAAAUACACCUAAAACCUAAUCAUCUUGUUUUAACACACAGUACUGUGUAAAGUUCUGAGGCCGUCCGGGCAAAUUUGCGUAUUUAUGGUCACCUAAAUUAAAGCAUUUUAUGCCUUAAACAUGGAGAGUUGUGGGUGGAUUUUAUCAGUUUGGUGUACAGUUGCCAGUAAGCUUUUGAGGUAUGCGGAUGGAAUUGACAGAAUUGCCUUUUGGGGUAUUGGCAUUGUUCAGACUAAUAAAGGUUGACUUCAUUGUUAAA